UUUGUUCCUUUGCCCCUUCUCCUCAUUUCUUUACACAUACACAUUCUGCAGCACUCCCAAUAACAUCCAACAUUGGAUUCCAGAAAUCUCUCUCUCUGCAACUUCUCUCUGAAAUCGAACGGCAAUGGCGAGUCCAACUCAGGACAUGAUCGACACGUACAUGAGCAUCACCGGCGCGUCUCACUCACUCGCGCUUCGAAAACUGGAGGAAUACGGAGGAAAUCUCAGCGAAGCCGUGAAUGCACAUUUUGGGGGAGUAUAUAGAGACUUUACAAAUAUGGGGUCGGCUGCUAACCCCCAGUACAAUUUCUCUCAUAUGGAUGGCCAGAAUCAGGUUGCACCACAUGCUUACCCGCAAUACAAUAAUAUGAGUGCUCAGAAUCAAGUUGCACCACAAGGACUUGGACCACUUCUCUCUGCUGCUAGGAGUUUCAGGCCCUCGUUACUCCUUGAUCCUAAUUACAGUAGAGGUCUCUUUAAUCGAAUUACUGGUCGUGCACCAUUAAGUUCACAGCCAGGAGCGGUACCUGGGGUUCCUGUGGAGUUUAACAGAGGGAAUGAUCAGCCUCAUCUCUCAGGACAGAGGCCUCCCAUUCAGGACAUGACCGGAAAUCUACAUGGAAAUGAUGUGGAGGAGGAAAUGAUUCGAGCUGCUAUUGAGGCUUCAAAACAAGAUGCUCAAAAGGCUUAUCUUCUGAAUAUGCAAAGCAGGGCUCAAAAUGUGUCUCCUGUUAAUGGGCUUCCAGAUAAUCAAAUUCACCUAGAUAACAAUGAUUUUGAUCGUGCAGUUUCACUGUCCCUGAAGACAGCAGAACGAGAGAAAGCGAAGCGUGAGCAACAAAUGAAAGAUAAGAACCAAGUACCAGGAACUUAUAGUACAUCAAGGUGGGAAACCUCAAUGCACCACGAUGGAGAUGGAAAUGUAGAAAGAAAACAAGCGAGUCAAGAGUUGAAGCAUGAUUCUGGGAACAAUCUUCAGCAGGGUAACCUUGCCAUUAGUUCUGAAGAGUUAGGCGGCAUUUCUUCCAAAGAGCUUGACGAAGCUAUACUGCUUGAGAAUGCACUUUUUGGUGAAUCCUCAUAUGCACCUAAUUUUACAAGUGGUCCAAGUAGAAAUUUGGAUCCUAAUUUGCAGCCUGUUCAUGGCCCUUCAUCAUCCGCUCUAACAACAAGACAAUUGCUUAGAGAACAACAGGAUUGUGAGUAUCUCGCAUCCCUCUUGGCUGAUAAAGAAAAGGAAAUGAAUGGUGUUAAUGAAGUUGGAACUUGUGACAUAAAGGAUGUCGGCUCUGACAACAAAAAGAUUGAUCCAUUGGAACUCGAGAGGAGGCUUGCUGCGAAAAGGGCUUCGCUUCCUUGUGAACCAGCAAUAGAUGAUCAGAAUGCUGUGACUCUUCUUGUAAGGAUGCCAAAUGGAACUCGCCUUAGUCGCCGCUUUAACAAGUCUGACAAGCUUCAGGUUCUGUUCGACUUCAUAGAUGUUGGUAGAGAGGUUAAGCCUGGAACUUACAGAGUGGUGAGGUCAUAUCCUCGGCGUGCUUUUACUGUUGGUGACAGCAUACUAUCGUUGAGUGAACUUGGCUUGACAAAUAAACAAGAAGCUCUGUUUCUGGAAUUGAUUUAGAGUACAGCUCUUCCUUCGAAGUUUCGUCUCUGAUCAUACAACUUGACACAAGAUGAAAGGUAUGGUCUUUGUCUACGGUUGAUUCAUUUUACUAGGGAGCUAAAGGGACAUGAUCCGGGCCAGGUUUGGAACCUAGAUCAUGUCCUCGGAAGGUAGUGGACGUUGAACUGGUUGACCGUUAAUGCUGUUAGUAAUCCUGCUCAUGGGAGGUAAUGUCUCAAACAACCUGCCGUACCUCAAACCCUGUAAACCAAAGAAAAGCGACAUGCAUUCAUCAGGAUAAUGCCGGUGUGUAUAUGAUUUACCUUCUCCAUGUUGCAUGCCUUCUGAGUUUGUACGACAUGUUCGAUCUUGUAGCAUGCUCUGUUGGUGGAACUUCGAUUACCGACACGAGGAUGUUUUUGUUGUAGAAAAAUUGCAUUUAAACUGCUUCUUUUCA